AUGACCUCUCAAGGUUCCCGAAAGUCGGUGGAAAGCAUAAAGUCGACUUCUUCGCUACCGCAAUUACCCUUUCUUCAAACUGAUCCUAGUCGCUCGAUCUAUCGAACUAGGCAUGAUCCUCGCCGCGGCUCGACGGCUAGCUCUAUUGCGAGCUCUGGAGGCGCUUCCGUUCUGACACUAUCUAACGGCUCGAUAGCGGAAUCUGGCCAAAAUGCUAUCUCUACUCUACUUCAGCCCCCAAUCAUCCGUACUGGCUUGCUCCCCCAUACCUCUGCUACAUCAACUGGCUACAAGCCACCGUCUACAAGAGAUAUUCCUCCUGUAACCUUGUCUAAUAUUCCUCAUGUGGAAUUGGCGCCUUUUCAGGCUUACAUUUCGCAAGUUGGAUCUCUCUACGAAUCGUUGCGUCAUGCGAAGGAAGCGAACGAGAGGGGUGGUGAUUCCCAUAGCUUUCGAAAAAAUGUGGAGGCUCAAAACUCCUCAGAUCUAGAUAGUAUUAUAUCUCAGCAAUUGGAUAGGAGACAUUCGGCGUCGUUAUAUUCCCAACCAACAGAUGGUUCUAAUCGGAGAACUUCGUCGUUAACCAACAGAGGCCGGCCUUCUACUACGCCCUUGUCCACCAUCCCUAAUAUAUAUUUUGAUGGAAAUUUUCAGCUCGAGAAUCCAAGAACCUUUGACAUUGUCUCCGAACGAUCCGAGGUUGUUAGCCCCCCAAAACCUACUGGAGCAACUGAUGCGUCAGUGGAGAUUCCUCCAACGAAACGAAAAGCCCUAGCAACCAACGCCAUCUUACAAGAGAAAUUAUCAUGGUACCUGGAUACGGUGGAGAUUCAUCUAAUCUCAUCUAUAUCCACCGCAUCUACUUCUUUUUUCUCAGCCCUAGGCUCCUUGCGCGAACUCCAUGCAGAAGCCGAAACAUCUGUCGAAAAAAUCCAAACUCUACGAGGGGAUUUAGCGAAACUGGAUGACGAUAUGGCAUUGGGCGGUCUUAAAGUAGUCAAACUUCGACGAAGACGGGAAAACGUGGAAAAACUCGCAAAUGCCAUAACCCAACUAAAAGAGGUUAUCACAUCGGUAUCUCAGUGUGAGCAAAUGGUUGAGCAAAAUGAUAUCGAGAACGCCAUUGACGAGCUUGACGACGUUGAGCGUCUGGUUUCUGGAAAGCAAACAAUGCGCCCCCGCUCAAACCUGGCAAACGACGGCAUCAUUGAUCUGAAAGCAAUUAAAGCCCUGGAAGGCGCAUCAGAAGAUCUGAGCAAACUUCGAUACCGUAUCGGAAUGGCAUAUGAGACCCGUUUUCUAGAUUCCCUUGUUGAAGAUCUCAAGACACAUAUAAAUGCAAUUCCUCCGGAAGUAACUCUACUGCGUCUUGGUGACACGUUUGUCAGGACUCGCCGGACGAAUCGCCAAUUUACUGCACUCCCGCAGUACAUGAAUAUUGACAAUGAGAUGCGUCUUCGACUUAGCAGAGAUCUAGCUGGCCUUGGUCGUUCACGACAUACAAUGCCUGCUGCCACUUCCUUUAAGAAUGCUAUUCUACGGGAAAUGAAAAGCAUAAUCAGACGUCACCUACCUAGCUCAGUCGAUGAUGAUGCAGAUUCUGUAAUGUCUGCAUCUACGCAAGGCGGAAAACAGCUCACGCAGCAGGAGAAAUCGUCGAUAUUGGCUCGGAACCUGCGAUCAUUGGACCCAGAAGAUUCUCAUUCUAUGCUAACAAAGAUCUAUACUGGGAUUAGCGAGUCUCUUAGGCGCCUUAGUGUGCAAGUAAAAGUAUUACUUGAUAUCACAAGUGGACUAGGCCAUUCCCCAGGUUUGGAUUCGGCUCGAUCUCCGUCCAGAACCCCCUCUAUAGCAAGGUUUGAAGAUAUCAGCAAUCCCUCCGAAGCUGCCAGUAUAGCAAAAGAUGAAAUUCUCCAGGUGUUGGAUAUGUCCAGCUUGCUAGGCCAAGCUGUUGAUAUUGUUCAAUCACAAAUCGUGAAAGUGCUCAAAGUUCGAGUGGAGCAAGUUGAACUUCUCGCCUUGCCACAGUUUUUAAAGUAUUUCAGCUUAAAUAGGCUUUUUGCUGACGAAUGUGAAGCCAUCUCCGGUAGAAGUGGCACUGCACUAAAAACAGUUGUGGACAAUCAAAUCAAGGUAUAUAUCAGCAGCUUUGCAGAUCGUCAUAAGCAUCGAAUUAUCCAAACAAUGGAUUCCGACAAAUGGGAUGCCAAGGACUUUGGUGAUUCGGAAACCGUUCUUCUUGGAAGGGUGUUGGCUUCUAGCACGGUGGACGUGGAUGUGUGGACAGCAGCAUCUAGAAUAUGGGAAUCAGAUGGCAAUAAUAUCAAUCAUGCUGCUCAGACAAAUGGAUCCCCAUCAAAUGGCAAUGAAACCUCAGGAAAAGAUCGCGUUCGAGGUGCGCUUAUUGACGAACAAAAGUAUGUCUUACCCGAAUCCGCCAUCUUAAUGGUCAAGGUCAUAGAAGAAUUCCAGCAUUUAAUGACAGGGAUACCAAGCAUGGUCCCUGACAUAGCUGUGAGUUUCUUGGAGUGUUUGAAGGUAUUCAACUCUCGUCUUUCGCAGUUGAUUCUUGGCGCCGGUGCGACAAAAAGUGCUGGUUUGAAGAACAUCACUACUAAAAACCUAGCACUUGCAUCGCAGGCUUUGAGCUUUGUUAUGGCUCUUAUUCCUUAUGUUAGAGAGUUUAUUCGCAGACAUUCAACGUCCUCUCCGCUGAUGGCCGAGUUUGAUAAGAUCAAGCGGCUUUAUCAAGAUCAUCAAUCGGGAAUUCAUGAAAAGUUGGUUGAUAUAAUGAGUGGCCGUGCAGCAAUUCAAGCCAAUUCAAUGAAGAAGAUAGACUGGGAGGCGCAGAAAGACGUCAAUACAGUCAGCCCGUAUAUGGAGAUCCUAGUAAAGGAGACCGGAACCCUUCAUCGAGUAUUGACAAAACAUCUACCGGACACGACUGUUAUGAUGAUAAUGGUUCCCGUGUUCAGCAAUUAUCGCGAUCAAUGGACCCGGGCAUUCCAGUCUGUGAUUCUACACUCCGAAACGGCUCGUCAAAGAAUCUUAACCGACAUCCAAUUCCUGAAGUCCAAAAUUGAUAGGCUGGACGGCGCUGAUGACCUAGGAGAACACCUUAUGCACAUUGUCAAAUCCAAGAGUAUUGUCAGCACCCCGGUUCCUUGCGCGUCUCCCGAACCCGUGUCAAAGGACACGCCCAAUUCCAAGCCUCUCGAGCAGACAGAAGCCAAACAAAAAGAUAGCGGACCCCAAGCUUAG